AUGACUGGACAGCUCGUUCUCGUUACUGGUGUCACAGGUUUCAUAGCCGGCCACGUCGCAAACGAACUCCUUGAGAAGGGAUAUCGGGUCAGAGGUCGCAGGACGACAAGAGGAGCGAAAGUCAAGCUGUUGACCGAUACAGUCAAGGUACCAGGCCUUGAGUUUGCUCAGGUUGAUGACAUCGCCAAAAGCGAUCUUACCGAGGCACUCAACGGGGUGCAUAUCGUGAUGCAUGUAGCGUCUCCUCUUCCGGGCAGAACUUCGGUUGACACUACUCUCAAUUCGGCUGUUGAGGGAACCCUCAACGUUCUCCGUCAGGCUGACAAGGCUGGUAUUGAGAAGAUUGUUGUCACGAGCAGCGUUGCUGCUGUCCUUGAUCCUUCUUUGAAACAAGGAUUCGAUGGUCGUAUCUUAACGGAUUCUGACUGGGGACAAGCUACCCGUGCAGAGGUCGAAGCUCACGCAGAUAGUGAUUUUUACGUCUAUGGCGCAUCCAAGAUUUUUGCAGAAAGGGCCGUUUGGUCUUUCGCGGCAGAGCAUCCCAAAGUUGACAUUGCAACGAUCCUCCCAGGAUUCGUCUUCGGACCAUUCCCAAAGCACUUCCCUCUGCCAACCUCGCCUGACGCGAUGGGCACAAACCGCCUGCCAUAUGAACUGAUCAAGGGAGGGCAUCCGGAACCUGCGCCGUGGGUUGUUGAUGUCCGCGAUGUCGCUAAAGCUCACGUUCUCGCUAUCGACCUACCGAGAGCGCCACUGGAGAAGAAACGCUUCUUGAUCAACUCCGCUGAAUACUCCUGGAAGGAUGCUGUUGCGCAUCUAAUGAAGGCGCGACCAAACGUGAAGCUCGCACCUCUUGAUUCCUUUGAGGGUAAAUCUCCGACUUUGUCGGCGCUGGAUACAACCCGAGCUAGGGAGGUCCUGAAGAUUAAGCAGUUUAUUAGUCCUGAGAAGACGUUGGAAGAUACGACGGAUGCUUUACUGGAGGCCGAGAAGACCUGGAAGAAGGCUUGA